CACCUGUCCAAUACUUCCGGUGUAGUUUGGAAACGUGCUGGUAUCGUAAAUGUUGAACGAAAACACUGCGUAAGCUUUCCAAAGAAAGCACCGUUAAGUGAUAGUUUAUUUGCUGCUUUGUACACUGUGACAAUGGACAUAAGUGAGCAGAUUGAUAGAGAACUUGCACGGGCCGAUAAAGAUGGCGAAAAGCGAAAAGAGAAGGACCCAAAGGAGAAGAAAAGAGACCGGGAACGGUCAAAGUCGCGAGAAAGGAAACCUAAGUCUCGUCAUAGAUCUAGAAGUAAGGAGAGGCGCAGGAGUAGAUCUCGGAGCAAAGAACGCCCAAAGCACCGAAGCAGAAGCCGCGAAAGACGUCGUAGCCGAGAACGCCACAAGAAGAAGUCGCGCUCUCGAUCUCGAGAAAAGGACAGUAAGAGAAGUUCUAAGAGUAAAAGAGAUGAUGACAAGUACAAGAGAGAGGUGCCAUCAAAAGAUAAAGUUGUACCUCUGUCACUUGAAGAGCUGCUUGCUAAAAAGAAGGCAGAGGAAGAAGCACUAAGCAAACCUAAGUUUUUGACAAAGGAGGAAAGGGCAGCAGAAGCUUUGAAGAAAAGACAGUUGGAAGUAGCAGAACAGAGGAAAAAGGCAGAUGAAGAAAGAAAGAAGCAAAUAGAAUUUAUCAAGACUGGUAAAAUGGCACAGGAGAGUGCUUAUGAGAGAGAAAGAAGAGAGCGCCGUGAGAGAAGAGAAAGGGAGAUGGAUGGGGAAGAUCGGAAUAAUGUAAGAGAGAAUAAAGAUAAGGAAAAAGAAGUACUGGCAAUUAAGGAAAGGUAUUUGGGACUUAUAAAGAAGAAGAAGCGUGUGAGGAGAUUAAAUGAUCGUAAGUUUGUAUUUGAUUGGGAUGCUGGAGAUGACACAUCUACAGACUACAAUGCUUUGUACAAGGAACGUCAUGCUGUUCAAUUUUUUGGCAGAGGAAACAUUGCUGGUAUUGACAUCAAGGCCCAGAAGAAAGAUCAGUCUAAAUUUUAUGGUGAUCUUUUGGAAAGGAGACGAACAGAAGCAGAAAAAGAUCAGGAAAAGAGAAGACUGAAAAAUGUUGCCAAGAAAGAGGCAAAGCAGAAAUGGGAUGACCGUCAUUGGUCUGAAAAGUCAUUGGAUGAGAUGACAGAGAGAGAUUGGCGUAUCUUUAAAGAGGACUAUAACAUCAGUUGCAAAGGUGGAAGAAUUCCUCCUCCUCUGAGAUCUUGGGCUGAUCCAAGAAUGCCCAAAUCAAUCAUUGAAGUUAUUGAUAAGGUUGGAUACAAAGAACCCACUCCAAUCCAGAUGCAAGCAAUUCCUAUUGGUCUACAGAACAGGGACAUUAUUGGUGUUGCUGAAACUGGUAGCGGUAAGACUGCUGCUUUCCUCAUUCCACUGUUGGUAUGGAUUCAAGGUUUGCCCAAGUUGGAGAGAAUGGAAGAUGCCGACCAAGGACCAUAUGCUAUUAUUCUUGCUCCUACACGUGAGUUGGCCCAACAGAUUGAAGAAGAAUGUGUCAAAUUUGGAGAAUCCCUAGGAAUCAGAACUGUCACAGUCAUUGGAGGUAUAUCCCGUGAGGAGCAAGGUUUCAAGCUACGUUUGGGUUGUGAGAUUGUCAUUGCUACCCCAGGUCGUCUCAUUGAUGUUCUAGAAAACCGUUAUCUUGUUCUCAACCAGUGCACCUAUGUUGUGAUGGAUGAAGCUGAUCGUAUGAUAGAUAUGGGUUUUGAACCUGAAGUACGUAAAAUCCUUGACUUCCUGCCAGUGACGAAUGAAAAACCAGACACAGAGGAUGCUGAAGAUGAUGAGAAGAUGUUGAUGAAUUUCCACUCUAAAAAGAAAUACCGUCAAACAGUCAUGUUUACAGCUACCAUGCCUCCCACAGUGGAGCGUCUUGCACGUACCUUCUUGCGUCGCCCAACUGUGGUGUACAUCGGUACAGUUGGUAAACCUGUCGAGCGUGUGGAACAGAUCACAUACAUGGUGACUGAACAACAGAAGAGGAAGAAGUUGCUGGAGAUUCUCUCAGCAGGAAUUGAGCCACCAAUCAUCAUCUUUGUCAAUCAAAAGAAGGGCGCUGAUGUUCUGGCCAAAUCCUUGGAAAAAAUGGGCUUCAAUGCUGCCACACUUCAUGGAGGCAAAGGGCAAGAACAGCGAGAGUUUGCUUUGGCAAGUUUGAAAGGGGGAUCCAAAGACAUUCUGGUUGCAACUGACGUGGCUGGCAGAGGUAUUGACAUUAAAGAUGUGUCGCUGGUUCUCAAUUAUGACAUGGCGAAGAAUAUUGAGGACUAUACACAUCGUAUUGGUCGAACAGGCCGAGCUGGUAAGAAUGGUAUUGCGAUUUCCUUCCUCACCAAAGACGACUCCAACCUCUUCUAUGACCUGAAGCAGGUCAUUCUGAGCAGCCCUGUGUCGACCUGUUCCCCUGAGCUGGCCAAUCAUCCUGAAUCGCAGCACAAGCCUGGACACAUUGUACAGAAGAAAAGGAAAGAUGAAACACUAUUUAUCAAAUAAACAGUUAAAAUAUUGAUGAAGACCUUGGUCAAAAGAUGCUACUGAAGUUCAGAUGGUGUAUUUCUCAAUAACAGAUAGAAAAGCUGAAACAUACAUGUUGUGUGAGCUUCUAAAUGUUGUACAAUACAUCUGAAUUGACUUCAUGAAAAUGCUAACUUGAUUGCUGAAAAGUGACCAAUAAGUACAUUAAAUUGUGGACAAACUUUGUCAGAUAAGAUUUCAUUGUCAUGAAAAAAAGUAAU